AUGAGUGCAGAUUUUGAAUUGCAUCGAAUUCUAUUUAAUGAAAAUUUGGCUGAAAGCUUCAAACAGAAUGCAGAAAGGUUCCUCGCUUAUAUGGAAAAAUUAUAUGCAAAUUAUUGUGCCUUCACAGUUAAACGUCCAUAUCUUGGGCUUUUCUUUGCUAUAUUUAUCGUUUUUUCAGCCUUUCCAAUACUUUGUUACAUAGUUUUUUUGACUGUCUCCACUACUGUAAUUAUUGGUGGUGCUUUAUGUCUUGGAUUAUUGAUAUUGUCCUUUAUCCUUGGUCUAGCAGGAUUGGUUCUUUCCAUCGCAUUAAUUUGUGCGUUUUUUUCAACAUGUGUUGUUUGUUUUUGGGUUGUUCUUACUUUAACAAUAACUCGCUUUAUUGAUGGAUAUCUUAAGACGAAUAGUUUCGGAAUGUUUAAUUUUUCUAAAUUGUCUAAUGGUGUGAAUGAAGACGUGGGUCCCAGUGAAAGUCAAGGCAUUUAUACGCUAUCUAAAUGA